CUUCUGUUCGCACCUGUGCAAUUGAAGGCGUAAUGUUCGAUGAUGCAUUCACCGCUGAUGCCCCUCUACUGCAGCCCUUUAUUCACAACGCCGCCAUGCGUCCGCUCCUCCAGUUCGCCGCGUCCAAAGAAUUUUCCUCCGUUUCUCCAUCCUGUGGCAAUAACUUCACGAAAGGCGUCAAGGUCUCGCCCGAUGGCUUGUGCAUGCUCACCAACAGCGACGACCACCUCCUGCGUCUCUUUGAAGUGAACAACACGUCGGACAGCAGCAGCAUAUUGCAGGCCAAAGAGGGCGGUGCAGUGUACGACUACGAGUGGUACCCGUUCAUGUCGUCAGCGGAUCCUAACUCGUGCAUCUUCGUAAGCACCAGUCGAGACCAACCCGUGCAUCUGUGGGACGCCUACACGGGCGAACUCCGAGCUUCCUAUCGAGCUUUCGACCAUAUGGACGAGCUGGCGAGCGCUCAGAGUCUGGCCUUUAAUUCCACAGGCACCAAGCUCUUUGCCGGCUUCGACCGGAUGAUUCGAUUCUUCGAUCUUUCGCAGCCCAGUAGGGACUUCAGAGCGAGGCCACUCAGCAAGACUCGACGCUCACGUAAAGGCCAACGGGGACUGAUUAGUACGCUGCACUUUAAUCCGGACCACUCUAAAAUCUAUGCUGCUGGGUCGUAUGCGGGCACUACGUGUGUGUACACGGAAGAUGAAGGAGAAGAGCUACUGGCACUACGUGACCAUGACGGACGGGGGAUUUCUCAAUAUUAA